AUGCAGCUAUGGUCGGCCGCCGCACUUGUCAUAGUAUUAGGACUACUGCGUAGUGCUGCUGAAUGCUACGCAGUGUUUUGAACGCGAGAUAUUGGUGAGGUUAAGGACAUGCGACUCGUUGAUUAUUCUCGCAAAAAUAUCUUGAAUAAACGAUGAUCAAAAUGCUUCGGUCGACGCGGUGCUUGAUCUUUGCGCCGCAUCGCGUAAAGCAUCAUCGUUCUUUGCACACUUGCGGCCAGCAGCUAUCGGAAGUCGUCGGGCAAAGAUCUGCCAUCAGUGACGAGUACAAGAAGGGUCCGAUGGAAGGUAGAUCGCUUUAUUUGGAUGCCCAGGCCACUACUCCGUUGGAUCCCCGAGUAUUGGACAAGAUGAUGCCGUACCUAACGGUAUACCACGGUAAUCCACACUCCAGAACUCAUAUGUACGGCUGGGAGACAGAGACGGCGGUUGAGCAAGCUCGCAAACAAGUAGCGGAUCUGAUAGGAGCCGAACAAAAGGAAAUAAUAUUUACAUCAGGCGCAACAGAAUGCAACAAUAUAGCUGUGAAAGGUGUAGCAAGGUUCUACAAAUCAAAGAAGAAUCAUAUUGUGACAACCCAGACGGAACAUAAAUGCGUAUUAGAUUCGUGUAGAGCCUUGGAAGCAGAAGGAUUUGAUGUAACGUACAUCUCUGUCAAGUCAAACGGCCUUAUUGAUCUAGAUGAAUUGGAAGCAGCUAUCAGACCAUCCACAUCAUUAGUCUCGGUAAUGACAGUAAAUAAUGAGAUUGGUGUUAGGCAGCCUAUUGAAGAAAUUGGUACCAUUUGCAGAAAAAGGAAUGUCUUCUUCCACACGGAUGCAGCCCAGGCGAUAGGCAAGAUACCAGUCGAUGUUAAUGCCAUGAACAUUGAUCUCAUGUCGAUUAGUGGUCACAAAUUAUAUGGUCCGAAAGGAAUUGGGGCUCUCUACGUUAGAAGAAGACCACGAGUGCGUGUAGAGCCAUUACAAAGUGGUGGUGGACAAGAAAGGGGGAUGAGAAGCGGUACUGUGCCGGCGCCUCUAGCUGUGGGUCUCGGCGCCGCUUGUGAGCUGGCGCGGAUCGAGAUGGAUUACGAUCACAGAUAUAUCAGCGCGCUAGCGAAUCACCUGAUCGAGAAGAUAACGUCCAACUUGUCGCAAGUUGUACGCAACGGCGACCCCGUCGCCUGGUAUCCUGGUUGUGUAAAUUUAUCGUUCGCGUGUGUCGAGGGCGAAUCGUUGCUGAUGGCGCUGAAAGAAAUAGCGUUGAGCAGUGGUUCGGCUUGCACCAGCGCGAGUUUGGAGCCUAGCUAUGUGUUGAGAGCGAUUGGCGCUUCGGAAGAUUUAGCUCAUUCCAGUAUCAGGUUUGGCAUCGGACGGUUUACGACACUCGAAGAAGUCGAUUACACCGCGGAUAACACGAUACGGCAAGUGAAACGACUACGGGACAUGAGCCCGUUGUGGGAGAUGGUGGAAGAUGGCAUCGACUUGAAGACUAUCAAAUGGACUCAACACUAGUGCCUCGUUACGCGGUGUAGCUGUAUUACAAUCAUAGCUGUAUAUAAAAAAUAUAUAUAUAUAUAUAUAUAUAUAUAUAUUUAUUUAUAUAUAUUAUAUAUAUAUAUAUAUAUAUUGAUUAUGAAACAUACAGCGACCACGCGUAAAUCACGUUAAUAGAGGCCGAGAGAGAGAGAAAGAGAGAGAGAGAGAGUGAGAGAGAGAGUUUAGUUGAUUAAGAUUAUAUUUCUCGAUGCGCGUAAUAAAAUUUUAUUUGAAAAUC